AUGUGGUGUCCUGACUUCAAGUGGGGCUGGAAGUCAAAAGCUUUACCCGGCGACUUCGGCCGACUACCUCAGCUACCACUUCAAUCUGACUUCUCUGGGCUCUGCCUAAUCCGAAGCCCUUCUUUCCUGUUGACGCACGAAUGCCUACCAUCUUCGCCCGACAACAUGUCAGACAACAUCGAAACGUCUUCAAAGCAACAGUCGACUACCGACGGACAGUCGACAACUGCUUCUGCUGCUCCUCCCAAACAACCAAGUAAUGCAGGGAGAAAACGGCGCUCGUGUCUUUUGUGUAGCAAACGGAAGGUCAAGUGCGACAAGCAGAAGCCAUGUCGGAAUUGCGUCAAAUACGGGGGCGAAUGCGUAUUCCCUGCCGCUAAGACAAGCCAGACACAGAUGGUUAUGACACCUGAGCUAGUGGAAAUGCUUCAAAGACUAGAGAAAGUUGUUCAAACUUUGGAGCCGAAAGAUGGAGACAGGCAGGAUCCCGUAGAUCCUCAGCAAGCCCACAAAAACAAUGAUGAAGGUGACCGAGAACGACCUCAGUCUCCGAUUCCUUCGCCUUUGGCUGAAGACCUCGGCGCUACGGACUUGGGAUCUUCCGGUCCGACGAUUGGCCCAGGAGUCCAAAUAGGUCGUUCAAACCCACCCAGUGCCGAGUUGCAAAGUGUAACAUCAAGCCAUGGUGGCAGUGAUGGCAGGAUUGUUCGCGAUGCCGGGAGGGACACCUAUAUCAGCAGCGUCUCUGCGACAGACGAAGAUCGCUCAGACGACGAUGACUUCGAAGAUACCGCUUCUAAUCCUUUCGCCAAUUGGUGCUCGAAGAAACCGGAAAGUUUGAGUUUAGAUAACGAAACUACGAGCUCAAAGAGAAGGAUUCUUUCUAUAAUUGGCGAUCAAAAACUGCACUUGUGGGGCGUUUACAAAGAAAGAGUUGAGCCGCUGACCAAGUUGCUCCAUUUGCCGUCGCUGGAGCAGGCAGUGACCGGGCAUCGCUUGGUGGACUUCGAAGACGGCACCCGUUGUAUCAUGCUGUCAAUCUACUACGGCGCGGUAACAAGUCUGGGCGAAGAAGAGUGCGGCCAGCUCUUUCAAAGCAGACAAGCCCUGGUCCUGUCCGUCCUGCGGGACGAGGUAGAAGCAAUGCUUUCGAAGGCCAUGCUGAUCCACACCGGGGAUAUCCAACCGUUGCAGGCAUUAGUAUUGUACCUCAUCUUCCUGCGACAUCAUGAACCUCGGCUCUCCUGGAACCUUUCGGGAUUGGCCGUUAGACUUGCUCAGAAUUUCGGCAUUCAUAGGGAAGGCAGUCUGUUCGGACUCUCAACAUUCGACAUCGAAAUGCGACGCCGCCUUUGGUGGCAAAUUGCAGUUCUGGACGCUCCAUCGGCCGAGGACUAUUCGGGUGAAUACAAUUUACUCGAGAUGAGUAGUUUCGAUAGCCAGCCACCGCGGAAUCUCAACGACAUACAGCUGUAUCCGGCAAUGCUCGAGUAUCCAUCCGAAACUAGAGGCAUCACGGAGAUGACGUUUACAUUAGCCCGAUGCCAAAUCACGAGCAUGUACCGUUGCAUGGCGGACUCGAGAAGGCACUGUGAAAACAUGAGCAAGAGCUAUGCCGAAAUGUCACAGCAAGAGCGCAACGAUUGGAUCGACUUUUGUGAGCAAGAGUUUUCUCAAAAGUUCCUUCAAAAUUACUCGGCGACAAACGCUCUGCAUUGGGUUACCAUGGUCCUGACGAGAAUGCUAUUUCACAAAGUUAGGCUGCAUGGCAUCAACCCACAUGUGGACUCGAAAGAUAUAACAGAGCCAACCCGCAAGCGAUUAUUCGCCGUCGCUGUCGAAGUCAUAGAACUCAACUGCAAACUUCGGACUGAUCCCCGAACGCGUCCUUGGCUUUGGCUUUUCAGCUCCUACACUCAGUGGCAUGCAUUCUCUCUGGUCCUUCACUGGCUUCGAACGGACCCUCUUUGCAAGGGAUCCCGGCGAGCAUGGCAGGCAAUUGAAAAAGCCACCGUGUUGAGGUGGGAGCAUCCUCCCUCAUUGUUGAGCGGUCAAAAGCCGCAACAAUGGCGGUCUGUUCUCAGACAGCUGGGAAAGGCAAGAUCUGCUCGACAAGAGGCUUUGGAUAGAAGAGGAAGAAGGGGUUCACUUACGGCUUCAGAAAAGACUGGGCAACCCUCGGCAUUUUCACUAGCAUCGACAACAUCUCAUGCUCUAUCCUCUUCAGGCAGUUCGCUUCCGAAGCCUUCCCAUUCCUAUGAUUCCUUGCUCUCAAGCAGCUCCCGGCAUCAACACCAAGUUCAGACCCCGGAGGUGGUCCGAACAAAUGCUCCGGGUCCUUUAACACCUCCCAUCACCACUACGGACGUCUCCCUGCAACGGGAUCUGAGAACGCCAGAACAAGGAAAUUCACAGAACACACACAGCGUCAACGGCUAUCAGUUUGACGAGAUUGGUGAUGUGUUGCCGCACCCGGACCUGAUGAUGAUCGAUGAAACGACGUUCUCGGCCGAAGAAUUUCAGGAUCUUCAGGGAUUUUCUUUUCUUGAAAACUAUUCUCUAGAAUAA